AUGGAACCCGCCGGGGUCGCGGAGCGCCUUCACGGCAAGACGGUCCUCAUCACGGGCGCCACCGGAUUCAUAGCGAAACUUCUUGUAGAGAAGAUCCUGCGGCUGCAGCCGCGGGUGAAGCGGCUGUACCUCCUCGUGCGCGCCCCUGACCAGGUUUCUGCAAAGGAGCGAGUCCGAUCCGUGAUUAUGCAACUUCAGAUAUUUCUGUCUUUGCGAGAGAAGUACCAAAAUCAUUUCACUUCAUGGUUCUGGGACAAGAUCUUCCCUGUGGCAGGAGAAGUCUCACUGAACAAUUUGGGUAUAGGGAAUGUUGAUCUUGCUGAAGAUAUAGUGAAAGAAACAAAUAUCAUCAUCCACAUGGCUGCUGCAGUUAACUUCAGAGAAAGGUAG